UCUUGGCGGGCGCUUCAGAGGAAAUAUCUGAAUUUCCUUUCGCCGCUUUAUAGCGUAUUUUCAAGUAAAUACAUAGCAAUUCACGACACUCUAAAUCCCAUUAAUAGGCACUCAAUUAUAUGUUCCUUUUUGGGGGGAAAAAGUCUACAGUCAGACUAACUGGACAGCAUUCAGCUGGUAUGGGCAUGAUGGGCCGAAUCUUAUGCUUUAGGAUUGUUUUCUCUCGAAUCUUUUUAAGUUUUUUAUCGCCUCACCUCUAUCUCUACCUCCUCCCUCCCUCCUUUCCUGCUCUCGUUUCCUUCCCGUUUUGUUCUGCGUUGUCUUUCUUGUCCAUUUUUCUCCCCAGUCAGUCGCUUUUCCAAGUGCUCUACACAGAGGGGUGUUGACUGUCACCCUCCCCUAGAUAAGUCAUGCAGACCUCUGCCCUUUUUCCCUGACCAGUCACAGACGGAAAUCCUUUCAGGCUCACUCCCAAGCACCAUCGCUGAGAUAUCGCCAUCCUCCUGCCGCUCUGACCUUCACUGCAAUAAAUGCAGCUCCCAGACCGGCCACCGCUAGCACUGCUCUCCCGGAACCUCGGCUUCCUGAGCUCCAGCCAUGGGGCAGCACCGGACCACGUUGGCCCGGGCGGGCUUGCUGCUCCUUCUCACCGGCACAGGAUUUCUGCUCACCUCAACGCGGCCAGAUUGUGGAGGUGUCCUGCUGCCCACCGCCACCCAUAAUAUUCUACGGUAUGCCCUGCUGGUGACAGACUCUUUCAAUGGGACCAAGUGCUCUUGGAUUCUGCAAGCAGCUUCGACAGAGACCCUCGAGCUAGAGGUUAUCUCCUACCAGACCGUGUCCUGGACAGAUGCCAGCUGCACCUCUGCUUACCUGGCCAUUAAACUGGGACCAAAACAGAAGGAAAGGCGCUUAUGUGACCCAUUCCAGAGUAUUCCUGAGGUUGGCAGGAAGCUAGUGUUCCGAGGGAAAGGGGUGGGUGUUGUCACCUUACGAGCUGCUUACGGCAUGAAACAAGGAUUCACUGUCCGGUACUCAGUGCUUGUACCAGAUCCUAUCCAUGGUGAAGUUGACAUACGAGCCUUGGAGCUGCAAACUGUGACUCCACUACCAUUGGCAGAGAUUGAACAGGUUGACCUCAGUAAACGAGAAGCAGGGACACACUCAACAUCAACUGGACAAGGGCAGCAAAUCAUUUCCCAGUACCCCAGGAUGUCGAAUGUGCGGGAGGGAUUGGGGCCUCCCUGGAUUCAUCAGUUUUUGUGGUAUCCCAGACAUCCAAAGCUCUCGGGUAUUCUUUCAGGUCAGGGACUGAGGGCACAAACACAGCCACAGCCAAGAGAAACCCUAACAAGAAGAAAUUUCAAGUCAGAUUCUGGAACCAAAUUUCACCCCAAAUCUCUGGGAAGACAAACCUCCUCAGAAAGAUCAAAUACUUCACCAAGUCUUGCAAGCUUUAAUAUUGCUGCUGUUUCAGACUCCAACACCAUUACCCAGUCCCAGCUCACUUCCAUUAUCCAAUUGUUAUCCUUCUCUGACUCCGCUCUGCGCUCCCUCUCCCCCUUCGGCCGAGCUCCGAGCUCCCCCUCCUCCCCCAGACGAUCUCCAAACACCCCCUCCCCAUCCGGCCUUGCUCCAAGCUCCCCCUCCUCCCUUAGCCGAUCUCCAAACACCCCCUCCCCAUCUGGCCUCGCUCCGAGCUCUCCCUCCUCCCCCAGCCGAUCUCCAAACACCCCCUCCCCAUCCGGUCUCGCUCCGAGCUCCCCCUCCAGCCUUGCUAAAAGCACUCCCACCCCCACUUCAUCUGACCUCACCCAGAGCUCCCCCUCCCCCUCCAAUCUCGGUCCCAUCUCCCCCUCCCUCUCUGGCCUCGGUCCCAGCUCCCUCUCUGGCCUCGGCCCCAGCUCCCCCUCCCCCUCUGGCCUCAGUCCCAGCUCCCCCUCCCCCUCCGGCCUCGAGCACGCCAACUCAGUCAGUUCUUAUUCUGAGCUCCCCCUCACCAUCUAG